AUGCUCAACCUGGCCGACGAGGAUGCGGAGCGGCGUUUCGUCGAGAUGAGCAAGGACGACAUUGUCCAAUUCUACGCCUACUAUCUACAACAGCCGGUGGAGCCUGCCGAUUGCGUCGAUGAGAACGAUCCGAAUGCUUGCCUCGAUCUCGACUCGUUUGAACGUUCGAUGGCCGCACGAUAUCCCGGGUUGGUACGGCAGCUGGCGGAACUCGACAAGAAGGAAUUCCCAAGCAACAAAGACUUAGAACGCACCCAGAAGCAACGCCGUAUCGAGCAACGGUUGCUGCGGAAAGAACGGGCAAAGCAAACACCACCGCCGGUGAAUCCAUGCGAACGGCAGUUCUUCCCCCUGCCGAAGCUUACGGGAUUGGCGGCUAUACCCCGGAUUGACGAUGACCUGGAGCACGAAAGGAAUGCUGCCGCAGAAGUUCCGGUGCUUGGGCCCGAGCAGCGAGCUCUCUGCGAGCAAAAGCCACAAUUGCAGUACCUACAACAGAAGAUGGCCGUGCCGAAGACGAAGCCCGUUGUCAAGGAGCCCGAAGAGAAGGUCGAGUCCAGUGAUGAGGACCCGCUUCUCGGUGAUGAAGAGGGCGAGCUCAACGAGAACCAGAAGAACCUGGCCAACGCUCUUGGUGGUGACCACGCCGAACGCCUCGCCAAGCAGAGCCGCUCUGAGAAGAAGGCUCGCAAGAUGUUCGCCAAGCUGGGCCUCAAGCCGAUCACCGGUGUCUCGCGCGUCUGCAUCCGCAAGUCAAAGAACAUCCUGUUCGUUAUCAACAAGCCGGACGUCUACAAGAGCCCCACAUCUGAUACGUACAUUGUCUUUGGAGAAGCAAAGAUCGAGGAUCUAUCGGCUCAGGCGCAGAUGAAUGCCCUUGAUAGAAUCAAGCCCAGCGAGGACUUUGAGACGGCAAAGCCUCCAGCCCCGAUCCCGGAGGAUGAGGAUGAUGAAGGCGAAGAGGAUCCCGGCAACAUCGACAACAAGGACAUCGAGCUCGUCAUGUCCCAAGCCACCGUUUCCCGCAACAAAGCCAUCCGAGCCCUCAAGAAAUCCGACAAUGACAUUGUGAACGCUAUAAUGAGCCUUACUGUG